AUGGGAUCCAUGACAACAGCACCAACAGCUACCAUCUCCAAUACCACCAACACUGAAAAAGAUAAUCGCAAUAAUAACAAGGACAACAACAGCCCCUCCAUGUCUGACGGUCCAGCUGAUUUUGAAACAGCCAUUAAGGCCUGCGGAUUUGGCCGUUUUAAUAUUUUAUUAUUAUUUGCGGCCUUGCCAGCCGUCAUGGCAACAGUCCUCGAAACGGCUGUGGUUUCAUAUAUCCUGCCCAGUGCUGAAUGUGAUCUUAGCUUGGAUCUACUAGAUAAGGGCAUUCUAAAUGCCAUUACUUAUUGUGGUAUGAUUACAUCCGCCAUUGGUUGGGGUUAUUUGGCUGAUAAUAAGGGUCGUCGAAAUUUACUUAUUGUUGGAUUCUUCCUCGAUGUGGUUUGUGUUCUCUGUGGAGCUAUGAGUCAGAGUCGGACACAGCUGAUGAUUGCAAAAUAUUUUGGUGGAUUUGUCAUGUGCGGUCCCUUUGCUGUUCUGAUGACAUAUCUAUCCGAAUUUCAUGGCACCAAUUUCCGUUCCCGCAUUAUGAUGAUAAUUGGUGUUAUGUUCUCGAUGGCGGCAAUUUUAUUGCCUGUAUUGGCUUUGCUGAUAUUACCGCUGGACUGGAAUUUCGAUAUAUUUAAUAUGAAUUUUGUUUCAUGGAAAAUGUAUUUGGCCAUUUGUGGCAUACCAAGUCUGCUAAGUUGUAUUCUGUUCUGUUUCUUUCCCGAGAGUCCGCGAUUUCUUAUUACCCAAGGUAGAAAUGCCGAGGCAUUGGAGGCAUUUAAGACUAUAUAUGCCGUUAAUACCGGAAAAUCAAAGGAUACAUAUCCCGUCAAAGAGUUAAUAAAGGAGAUCAAACAAAAAGAAGAUAAUUCGGAUAAAAUUAGUGUUGCCACCAUCGAGGCUAAUAUGAAUGAUAUUGGUAAUGCUGAGAAGCAGUCUGCCGAAAAUAAUAAUGUUGAUACGGAAGCCGCACUGAUGGACAAACAACCGAAUACCUUUAAAGUUUUGUGCUCCAAACAAUAUGUGGGCUUGUGCUUCCGGGUGUGUCUGAUGCAAUUCUUUAUUUUAUUGGGUCAAAACACAAUGCGCCUUUGGCUACCCCAAAUGUUUGCUUCCCUCAACGAAUAUGAACAAAUCUCCAAUGAGAGUACCAGUAUGUGCACUAUUCUGGAAUAUAGUGUCAAUAAAACGGAGCUAGUGAAAAAUCCCGUGGAUGAGUGUACUGUGAUUAUUACUCCCGCUUCCUAUACCAACAACAUUAUUGUGGCCUGUAUUGGUUUUGCGACAUAUUUAGUGGCUGGUUCACUAAUCAAUGCCCUGGGAAAUAAGAGAAUUCAAGUUAUUGGUCUAUUGGCUGCCGGUACCUGUGGCUUCGCACUCUAUUGGUCCUCAUCAUCGCUGACGACAUUAAUUAUUACCUCAAUAUAUUCGGCAUUGGGUAGUAUGUCUGCUACAUCGUCUAUUGGAACUUCUGUCAAUCUAUUUCCAACUUCACUAAGAACAAUGAUUGUAUCGCUGACCAUGAUGAUUGGUCGAAUGGGUUCCAUAUUGGGUAAUGUCAUGUUUCCCAUUUUCAUGUCAUUCGGUUGUAUUCCACCGUUUGUUAUGGUCGGUGUGGUCAUGUAUCUUGGUUGUUUAUUGGCUGCAUUUUUACCAAGUACAAAUAAACUAGAACUUAAGUAAAAUAAAUGUGUGU